UCAACCCUGACUUCCAGCACUACACAUGGAGUGGUGAGAACUCCUACUUUGUGAGCGGCAACUGGGACUCUCUACAGAUUGGUGGAGGAGGAGGUGGCUUCGCCCUGUGGCUGGAUGCUGAUUUGUAUCAUGGAGCCAGUUUUUCCUGCCCUACUUUCCACAACGCACCUCUUUCCACAGAUGAAGACUUCAUCGUACAAGAUGUUGAAGUGUGGACUGUACAAAACUGAACGAGGACCCUGAAGCUGUCCUUCAUGGAGUCACUACACUUCAAGAGCUAGUAGCAGUUUAGACACUGUUAUCCUGACGGAGAGUUCUCCGUCAUGUCUGCACCUGCAGAUUAGUCCACGUACAGUACCAAGCCUUUUGGACUGGUUCUCAGACUGAGAUUUAUGCUUGGUUGAGCUGUGACUGUUAAAGAAACGUGGCUACAAGAAAUCCUGUUUUUCAGGUUCCUGCUGCUCUGAACUACUGGAUAUAUUUGAGCUGCUUGUGUCGUUCUUUGAUUUUGUAGAGAAUUAUGACACAAAGUUCACUGUAAAAGUGUUGGAUGAAGCAUGCAGAAACUGUAAGCACAUCCCAGGAGUAUACAUUUUGUUUUUAAUUUAUUAACUGUUGAACAGGCAGACAGUCUUAGUUAAACUAUGCAUAUGUUUGUGUGUUUAAGUCUGUCUUUGUUCUCAAGUUAAAUGAACUAUUGUUGGUAUUGACACUGUCAGAUGAGGGGACUCUCCUGUAAGAGUUUGUUUUGGAUCCUAACUCCAGUUGGAAACUACAGCAGGAAGUGAAGACCAAAUCAGUCGGGAGACAGACAGGAAUCAGGAGAAUGGAAGCAGAGCUGCACCACAGUCAGCUUUCUGUAAAAUGAGUGAUGCCUCGUGUUGGACGAGGAAGUGAACACGGUUGUUAACCGUCUGCUCCGUUUGUGCGCACAAAGAUUUGUGUUAUUGUUUGAAAUUCAUCAAGGGAAAAAAAUAAUUUUACUAAAUUUGGCAAAUAUUUUGUAUUACUUAAAUAUUUAAAAAUAGAUAUAUUAUUUUUACAAACAUAAAACAAGCUAGCAAAGCUAAUUUUUACAAGUGUGUUUGAUUUCCUUGAUUUUCUUGUCCUUUGUGUGCAGAUCUGAGUGUUAGGAGCAGUGCUGGCACUGCCAUUGUUCAUUUUGUAAAACCACAAUAAAAACUUUUUAUUUGCUG